AUGCCUUCGAUACCUCAAUACUAUCAGAUAUUCUUCCUGUGGAUAGAGCCUAUCACAACUCUACUGGGAGCUGUGGCAGCCGCGUUCUUUGGUCAUGAUUACCUCGUCAUGACCCAUGCGCAAACCACUCCCUCUAAGAUACUCGGCCUGCCAAUUGCCACAGACGUCGCUUUACGGCAACUGGGAAAUCUCUAUCUGGCCUUCGCCAUCAACGAGUUCUUUGUAUUGCGGUCCACCAACGACCUCAAAGUUUGGCGCGCCGUGCUUCUCACUUUGCUUGUCGCCGACUUUGGUCACCUGCUUGCCUGCUUCCCAGCUGGUGGAUUCAGCCAGUACUAUGAUGUCACCAAAUGGAAUGCCAUGAGCUACGGCAAUUUACUGUUCGUCUACAUCGGUGCCACCUUGCGAUCGUGUUUUCUUGCUGGCGUUGGAUUGGGGUCGAGGAAAGGUCGACGCGGCGCUCCACGCAAAUCCAUCAAACACACCGUCGAAGAUGAAUUCGCCGAAGUUGCGACCCCAUCCCCCAAGGAGCUCAGCAGAACACCCGCGCAAAGCACUCGUAGAAGGAAGAACCGCAGCGUAUCUGGUGCGUGA